AACAGAGCUCGGUAGCACAGCGAUGCAGAUUUUCACGAUGGUCGUCCUUUGGCUGUGCAGCGUGGCGCACCCAAGACAGCGCAUGACCAUCGACGGACACGCGCAUCACUUGAGAUUGGAACGAAACUCUGCAUGGUUCAACGGCUUGUUGCAGGAUUCGGGAGUACCUUGUUGUUGGACGACGACCCACGUUCUUCAUGCCGACAAGUUCAAACUGCAGGGCGUCUUGCAGAUUGAUGCAAGAGAUGUGCAGUCUUGGAACGGCUCUUUGACGUCCUGGUCCCGGGAAGGUAUGCUGUUACAUGAUUACUAUCACAAUCCAUUAGACAGCUUCAUUGUGCGAGCAAAAUCUGUGUUCAAGCUGGACGAUACCCGGCCAGUGUAUACGAAGAGGGACAACAGGAUGCGGGAGUCGCAGUUGUCAGGGGCUGAUGGCAUUUUUCAGCCUUCAGGUCUGGAUUUCAACGUUUUAUCUUCAUGUCUUGGAAGUGAGCGACAUGUCCACGAUGCUUUCGGUCGUGCUCCAAGCAGAGCGACUUUGUGCGAUGUUUUGCAGCGCUGGGGCGUUCAACCAGACGGGUUUGAUAGCAUUGCAGCUUGUAUGUUGCCUGAACCCAUAUCCGAGCUGGUGCUUCAAGGUCGUUGGCAGGAUUUGCUUUGGUUAGGUAGGUGGGGUUGGUUCAAAUCUCCAUUGUGUCAGCGAGGCAUCAUGUGGGAAGGUUUUGUGGUCCCUCCUGCUGUUCAAGCAGCCACAGGCCAGCACGAGGUUUUGCGUUCAGAACCUUUGAACUUGCUUGAAGUGGAAGGUUUUCUCAAGAGUCUUCGUCGAUGGAGUCCCAUUGUUUUGAGCCAUUGCAAUUCAGCAGAGGAGCUUGCUGGAGAACAGCUGCAGUUAGAAACAUUUGCGACGUGGCUACGACAGCUGUUGUUGUAUUUUCGGCCAUAUUUUGCAACGGAGAUUUCAGAGUUACAGGCCCAGCAGAGGCCAGACUUGAAGGGCCAUCAGCGGUACUCCCAUUCCCAACUACUUGGCAUGGUCUUGUUUGCCUGGCACUUGCGAGAUUCAGCUGCGUUGAAAGAUGUCAUGCCUAGUGCACUGCAGGCAAUUAUGCCAGAUUUUUUUGCAUUGACGAGUGUUGCCAAAGGAGUACAGGUGAUGAAGCAAAGCAAAUCGCUUCUACGGAAUGCCCAGCUUGGAGUAGACAUAGCACUUAUGCUCGUCAGACGCAGGCAGCUGCAAGCGUCUGGGCCUUCAGCACGUUACGGGUGGGCGGAUUCGUCAGCUGUUGCCAAAAGCGAUUGGUUGAUAUCUAAACAUCAAACAGUCCCAGAAAGCCGUUGCCCCGACUUGUGGCAAUCUUGGGCUGACCUUGUGCAUUCCACAGCUGCGGACAACGACAAUGAGCAGGAGGCUCCAGAUGCCGCUGUAGCUUCCCGAAGAAAAGCACUAACCCGAGAACUCAUGGCAGGGGUCCGUGUGCACACUCAGCCACCGCAGGCUUUAGCCCUCGGCUUAACAGCGAUUGAAAGUAAACUGGCAGCUCUUUUGUAUAGCUUUUUCUUGGAGGUUGGCAGCAUGAAGGGGCUGAAAUCUUUUUUGAGCACCUUUGUUUCUUUCACCACCGAUAUGGGCACGGAAAUGGGAACAGCUUCUUUCAUUCUGGAUGAUUUGCAGAAGCUUUUGCCAGAGUGGCUAGCGGAGCCGCUGCUCAACCCAGACAUUGACGAAGGUGGAGAAGAUGAGAAUAAUGGAGCCUUUGAGGGGUUGACUUUGUUCAUGCCGCGUGCAAUUAUCAUUCCUGGCGCAUUGCAUGUUUGCAGUAAUCUCUGCAAAGAUGUUUCUGGGAAGCUCAGCCGUUGGGAUCCAUUCUUGAAAGAGCUGGCUUUGUUCGAAGCUUUGCUUUGCAACCGUGACAGGCGUGAACGCUUUUUGGCCACAUGUGUUUCUGCAGAUUCAGAGGAUCGCCGGCUGUUCAAGGAUUUCAGCGGGAGUUUGUACGAGAAGCGGUGGGGGGCUGUGAUCAGUUUUCUGCGGAAACUCGUGCCCCUGCUAGCGGCAUUGGAGAAACACUGGAACCAUGACAGAUAUCUUCAUGCGUAUCAACAAAGGGACGGGGCUAAUGCAGAUGAAGGCGUGCGAUUUGUAGCUGCUGAUUUGACCGCUGCGCUUGGAAGCAGUAUGUUUCAUGCGUACAUUCAGAUGGUGAUGUCCUUGUUCAACGUCGUUGAAGAUCUUUCAUCUUGGUUCGAAGGAUGUGCAUGCCACCAGGCCCAACUGAAACGGCACAGAGGCAAGCACAUGCGUUCUUCACGAAAAGAGAUUGAGCUUUGCGGUCCAUAUGCUUUUUGCCCGAUGAAAGGCAAGCGAGCCCCUGAGCUUGCAGCAGGAUGCUUGAAUGAUGUAUUUAGCAAGCUGGUGAACCUCGGCAAGACUUCGCUGUUGAAGGUCACUCAGGUCCGCAAACUUGAGGGGCAGGAUGAAGCGUUAGUGAUGCAAGAUUUCGAGGCAGGACGUAGCUACAUUCAACUCGGUCUGCAGGUAAAAAUGAACUUUUGGGGCAAACUACCAUGGCGGCUUGCAGUGCUAAGUCACACAGAUGCAGCUGUGGCCAGGGCAGCUGCAGCCGACAUGUUGGAGACAACUGCUGGGUUGGCUGGUUUCGAGGGAGAUGCAUCCUUGGUCCAUCAUCCAAUGACUUUGCAUUUCUUGGGCAGUGGUAGCUUACUUCGUCCCAUGAUCCAGGACUUUGCAAGCGGAGAACCCAUGCAUGAUUUCCUGCGGUCUGAAGCUUGCAAGCUGGCUUUCAUGCCAGUUGUUGAGCGUAGCAUCGAGGCCAAGCAUUCAUUGAUAUCUCGGAGGGUGCAGAAGAAUUGGAGGUCCGGCCGGAUUGUCUCAUUGACUCUGCGAGUGCCAGACAUCAAAGCAGAAAUGGCAGCCGAUGCCACGUAUCUGCAAACCUUGGUUGAGGCCUUUGCCCAGACUCGAGAUCCCAUGCAAGCUGCACGUCAGCUUGGCAUUCAAGAGCACCCAGAUCUUGUGAAUGCCGUGUUCGACAGAUGGCACCAUGCACGUGUCACUGGCAUUGUGAACAGGAUUGUUUAUCGCUGCGACCUGCAAUCUAAGUUUGAAUCUCAUGCAGCAGCACGUGCAGGACAUGACCGGGAAUCAGGUAAACGGGCUCGCCUAGCACAAAAAGAAAUGCAACGGAUCGUUCAGGCUCCCCAGGCUCCCCCUGCCAAGCCACGCACACAGGAGGAGAGAUACACAGAUAUGCUGCGACUUGCGAUUGAGGACCACUUUACUCACGUGGCGUCAGCUUGCUCUCAGCCUUGUGUGUAUUCUUUGGAUCUGUCCUCGGAUCCCACAGGUGGUGCGCCUGCCCUAACAGCCUUAGAUGCAGCAUUGGAGGGUCAAGGGGUUGCAGGUGUUGCCAGAGCCACUGAUGGCCCUCGUCUCAUGUCAGAUGUAGACGAUGUCACCGAGGAGCCAAAGCUCUACUUUCAAGAUGCCGAGAUUGUGCACUUUCAAGUUGUACAUGCGUCCCCGGGCAACAUGCACACCGUUCCUAUGCCACGAGCUGCCGGCACACGUUUGAGCAAAGGGCAACACGCCGUCUCCAUCCACUCUCUCGUUGAGGAUGGUGAUGGGUUCAGACACAUUGCUCUAGAGCCUGUCAGACAGGGCCAAACCUCUGUUGCAAUCCUGUCAGGACUCGCUGCCGGUAAGUUGGAUGUUUUGCAGGAAACCUUCACUCAGUUUUCGAUGGGGCCUCUGUCAUACAACAUCAAAGGUUUCAAGGCUCAGGGCUGUUCUUGCAGUGCAGAAGUUUCGCAGCUUGUGCGUUGUUGUGCGUUCCCAGCUACAGAUGGACGUUGCAAAGUUCCCCUCGAAGAUGGUCGUGUCCCCAGGCAAUGGGAAGAGCUUGAAGCAGCCGGCUUCAUUGAGUGUGUGUCAGAAAAUGAAGACAACGUGAAGGCGUAUGUCUUCACCGAGGCUGGUGCUGCAGGUAUUCAGGCAGUCGUCACAUUGGUCGAACCCAAGCUUGUGUGUCAGCCUCGCAGCGACAUCGCCCUCAGCGAUUUGAGUGCGUAUGAACUCAUGAGAAAACUUGAGGAUUCUGGUUGGUCUUGGUCAUGUUUGCCUGCCAAAACCCAACAGAAGAAAGAGCUGUGCUUUUCGGCAGGCAGCGAGAAGACGUAUUACUUCGGUAACGGGUUACCUAGCCCCUUGUAUCUUCAAUGCCUACUUCGAGCCGAAGAACUACAUGAGCUAGGAGUUGUAUCGAUUCCCCACUACUCUCCCACACCUUCGACAACAUACCGGCGAUUGCUGCAGGGUGAGGCCCCUCUUCAGCCACGUGCACGGCUGGCCUUGCUUCAGGAUGUUGAUGAGGCUGGGGAGUCUUUGGAGCCUUUAGAGUUGCAGCCGCCGUCUGAUUUUGUUUUGGACGAAGAUCAGAAUGCCGACACGUCGCCUCGACACGCUACCAUGGAAGAGAUCGAGGAAGCUCUAGGGUGGUUUGACAGCCCUGAGGAAUCCGAUGGGGACCAUAGGCGCACUGCAACACCACCUGCUCAUGUGGAGUCGCUGCCUGCUGGUGAUGACGUUUCUUUGGGACAUGAAGCAGAGCCUGCAGACCCUGCCUCUGCGCACGGUGAGGCUUCUGAGGCCUCAGCAAGAGAUCGCAUUGUUCAGCCAGGGUCCGUGAGUAGAUGGGGUUGUUUUCGCAUCAGCAGGCUCGUGCCGAAGCCGCCCUUUAGGAAGUACGGUGCUCUGGAGGCUGUUUGCCCUUUUCAUAUGAGAAACGAGAAAUCUGAAUGCAAAAAGUUUAUUGGGCACAAAACCGAUAAUCCCGAAGAUCAUGACUUGGAUUACAAAGCUUUGUUGCACUGGUGCAACCAAGCGUCUGCUUUCAACAGGCAGAAGCACCAUGUUGGCAGCCAGUUGUUAUCACAGGAGUCAGCAAGGGGCCUCAGUAUGGAUAUGUUGCGUGCCCACUGCAUACACGAUCCCCCGAGUGAGCCUCCCAUACCCGACAGCGUUUUGGAUGCGCCAGCUCCGAAAGCAAAGGCAACAUCCAGAGCGAAGAAGAAGGGCAGCAUGGCUACCAGUGCAUUGCCGUCAGAACCUGCUGCAGCAACAGCUUCAGUGGAAGCAGCACCUGCUACCACCGGCGGAACUCAGUUGACUCUGCACAUAGCGCUUUGGCAAGUGCGGGCUGGAGCGCUGGAGAACGAGGAUGAACCGGGAAUUCCAGACCAAGCAAGAGCCCCCGAUGUGGACUCGUCAGACAGCGGGCCCAAGUCCUUUGAGGAGAUGAUGGGCUGGGCCAAGAAGCUUCUGAGUUCAGUGUUGGCUUUCAUAUCCAUGAAAGGUGUGGGCGAAGCUGCAAUGCUGAAACGGAUCUUCAGCAUGAAGCUGCUGGUCACGACAUCGUAUAGUGGAAUCGGUGUGCCAGAGCUUUCCUUGCAUUUCUUGCAGGAUGCUUUGCGUUCACACCGCGGCGGUGGCGAGCUUUCAUUUCGCAUCCAUGCAAGCACAGAGAUUGACCGUUUUUGUCGGCAGAUGCUUGAAGCUCAUCACAAGCAGACUGGGAGCCACCAUCUGUUCGGGGAUCUUCUUGAAAGGGUCGCCAAACAAGACGUGGAAGCUUUGCAGGACCUGCAAGGCAAGUACAAAGAGCUCUUCAAUGCAGAGGUUCAGCGUCGGUCUGAGAAUCUCAGCCCGGCCCAGCGAAAGACUUUGGUGUCGAAGUAUGGCCGUGCAUUUGUUGCAGCAUCCUUAGAGUAUCUUUCCAAGAACGCGAGCCUCAGCAGGGCAAGUGAGUGCUACUGCUACAAGCAUGACAGGUGCUGCCGGAUAUGGCCGGAGAACAACCAAGGCCAAAACACGAUGCACCUGGAGGUAGCAGGUGUAACAUGCACUCCCUGGUCCAUGUCAGGAAAGCAGAUGGGUUGGUUGGACCCCAAUUCCUUGCCGUGCGUCGUGUGGAUGUUCAGCAUGCAAGUAGCUUCUCCAGGCAUCAUUGUGAAUGAGUGCACUCCGCUUUUCGAUGUGGAGAUCUUGGAACGAUUUCUGCAAGAGACACAUGUUUGUGCCACACAUGUGUUCGGCCCAACAGACAUGGGCGUCCCAUGCAAUCGUGUACGUCGGUACACAGUGCUGAUCAGAAAGGAUGUGUCGCGUGAUCUGGGGCUCUUCUCGCAGGACACCUUUCGUCAGCUCAUCGAGGCGCCUAUGGCCACAGAUGCAAGCGUCUUCUUGAGGGCAUCGCCCCGCCAAAUCCAAGCCUUCAUGAAUGACAUGGCAGAGCAACGAGGUCUGCAUCCACAGGGGAGCCAGGGCUACAGUGUAGAAGUCCUGCUCAGUCCUUGGAUGAGAAGGCAGCUUGCGAAGUACAAGAGCGUGCUCCAAGAGUCUCCGCGGUAUUCUGGCAAAGCAGCAGUCUUCGUGGAUCUUUCCCAGGAUGCGGAGCAGCGGCCGAGAGUCAGUGAUAUCAUUCCGUGCAUUCUCCGAAGCUCAUUCCUUUACUCAAUGCAAGCCGGUCGACCAUUGCAUCCUCUCGAGAUUUUGGCGGUGCAGUGUUUGCCUGUGACCUUGGAUCAGGAGAGUGCAUUCGUCGGGUUUUGCCCAUGGCCUGUAGAGCUGCUGGAGUCCUUGUCACGGAAUCAGGCGACCAACGUUGCAGGCAACACGAUGUUUCUGCCUGCAGUGGGCAUGUCAGAGUUCCAGCUCAGCCUUGAUUGCGAUGCCGGUGAAGCAUCCGAUGGCCUCACGGAUGCAACACAAGGGCCAGGAGGGGAAGACGUUCAUGAUCCUCCGCCUGCCCCGCACAAGUCAGCAUCAGCGAAGUCGAGGGGCGCCAGGCACAAAGCCACCAGCAAGGAUGCUAAAAUUUUCCGCGUGUGCAAGGCCUGCCAGCAAAAAAAGUCCGAGGCCGAAUUUGCUGCCAAUCAGGCAGUCGAUAUGGAGUGCAAGAGGUACUUGGACAGCAUCGCGAAGCAGUCGCGAAGCCAAGGUCCGGAAGCAGUGGCAUGGUUUCAGGAGACGAGGAGUGACCCUGCUAAGUGCCGCAAAAUGAUAGAGUCCUACAAAACGGCUUACAAGGCCUGGGUCGCGAACGGCAAACAGGGCAAGCUCAAGUGGAGUGUUGUGCAGUAUCGGGAGAGCCUCUCUGCUGAGUCAGGCACACGUUGCUCCGAGAAUCAGCAAAUGAUGUGGGAGAAGCAAGCCUUACUCUUCUGGCAAUCCGUUGAUGGCGGAUGCCUGACAGAGGAGGAAGCUGAGCAGAAGUGGAAAACCAUGGAAGCUCUGGCAAAAACCGGCGAGGUUCUGAGCGACAAGAAAGGACCGGAGCGUAAGCCUCUUCGCCUCGCCGUUACCAGAGAGGAAAUGGUGUACAACUACAACGAUGUGUCCAGGAAGCGGACCCUUGAGUUCAGUGACAAGCCCGUGAAAAAGAUGGAUGAUGCUGCUCUCGCCAAGAAUGUCAAGCGAGUCCUCUCCAGCCACGACAACAUUGCAAGUUCUUCCAGCGGGGCGUCUGUGAUGCCAGAGGGAACCCAGCUGUCCCAGCUGAUGUUGCAAGGAGGUGCGGGCCAUGCCUUUGAUGGUGCCAGCUUGAAGGUUGGACAGGUGCAGAACCUUGUGCCCGAAUCAUCAGACGAUGAGCCGCUCGAGACCCCAUCAAAGAAGGCGAAACAGGAGGACGAGCUUGGAGGAGAAGAUGAUGAAGCGGACGAAGGCAAAGACUCCAAAGACAACGUUGACAAGAAGGGCGGUGAUAAGUGGUUCGAUAAGGAUCGGGCCGUCAAUGCCGCCCAGAAAAUCUUGGCCGCUCAAGAAAAGAAGGUUGUAGAUCUUCACCAGCAGCGGGUUCAGGAGUUGAAGUCUGCCUUGGAGAUGAUUGCAGGUUUGCCGGCAGAGGACAAGGCUCACUUUGCAGGCGAAGAGAAGAUUGCAACUGUGCGGCUCAGGUUCCUGGAAGCGAUCGAUGACAAGCAGAAUGUUCUGGACGAGCUCAUUGAAAAGUUCCAGGCCCCAAUCUCGCCCAGCAAGCCCGAGGUUUCGGAGACGGCUUCAAUGGCGGGUGUUGUUGCACUUGGCAACUCCCCGCCUUGCAAGAUGUUUGCACACCUGAGGCUUCUCGUGGAGCUGAGUAUGUGCAAGGACGAGGUGCUCGGUUGCAACACACCGGCGGAGAUCAACGAACAAAAGAAAGUGUUUGCCAGGAUCAAGGCCCCAUUCGUUGACCUGCUCGCUUCGGCAACAGUUGUUCUGAACGACAUCAAGAAGGUACAGAGACUUAUUGCGACCGAGAAGACCAAGGCUGCGACAGCUAAGGCGAAGCCGCCGGGGAAGAAAGACCCGUCUGGUUCGGCACCACAACAUCCCAUUUUCGAGGAAGCCGCCAGCAUGGCUGCGAAGCUUGAGCCUGUCGCUGAGUCCGACUGGAAGGGUUUGCAAUUGGACGUGCCGGCCAUCGUGGACAUCGAGCCGGACACCCUGGGCAAGGUCUUCGGCACGGAAGCCAAGCUUGCCCUCGGCCAGCUGAAGAAGAUGUUCAAGGUGGGCAAUGCCCAGGCACCGCGUGCAGAGGUGGCGUUGGACCUCGUUAUCAUUCGCGCCAUCGCGAGCACCCUGGAGCAGAAGAUCCCCCAGGGCAUGAUGUUCUACAAUGGCAAGGCGGAUGCAGUGGCCACCACGGCCAAGGACUUGUCCGACCAGCUUCACAAGGCCAUGUUGACAACGGGUUAUGCCAUCAAUACUGGCCAUGCUACCUUCGCAACGGAGAAGAUGUUCUUGCCAUGCCUGCGCUUUGCAAGCGAAGGCAUCCGCCAGAUUGUGCUUUUUCCGUAUGAGAAGUUGGCGAAGCACUUGUCGCCGGAGGCAAAGGACAUUUUCGAUGGGCAGGUCAAGCAGGGUGCAACGCAGUUCCUCAAGUUCUGCAGUUCGGACAAGUUGAAGGGCUUUUUGGACUCAGGUGGCAAAUGCUAUUCUGGAACGGUUCGGGCCUCGCAGGUGCUCUACAUUCCAGCCGGGUGGGCGUUUGCAGAGCUCACCAGUGAGUUGUCGUUCGGUUUCAAGACGCCCUUGUUCACGGACAUGCCAUGUGCUCAUGAGUUUUUUGCAAAAGCAAAGAGCUCGAACAGUGACAACCCAAGUGCUCGCGAGCAACAGCGAAUUGCCGAUGCAUAUCUUCAGGCCAUGAGCCACCAUGCAAAGCCAAAGGCUGGUGGUGAGGGUAGUGGUCAGUUGACGGAGCUUUGA